UUUUGCAGUUUGCUGUAUUUUGAGAUAAAUUACAAAUUACAAUCCAUAAUUUGCGAAUAAGUUUAGGACCUCAGUUCAUAAUAAAGAUUAAAUAUGAAAGUAAAUCCAGAGAAAGUAUCCUUGGAAAUCGACCAAGGAAUUAAUGAAAGCGAAGAGAGAAGAUGGGGCUUAUCACUGCGUGAAGUUUAUAAACAUGGUCUAGCAUUUUAUAAAGAUAAAGAGGGCAAGGCAAUGCACUUAAGUUAUGAAGAUAGAUUAAAAUUAGUGGCAUAUACACAACAGGCAGCUCAUGGGCCGUUGGAUGUUAAUUCUGCGACACCAUUGGGAGUUUUGGAUGUUAUAGGAAGAGAUAGACGAGCAGCAUGGCAGUCGCUGGGGCAGACGUCGCAAACACAGGCUAUGGCCGGAUUUGUGCAUACAAUAGACAGAUUAUGUCCCUUGUUCAGACCAUACAUUGAAGCAAUUCAGAAAGACCUUGAAGAUAAAAAACAACAAGAGAUGAAGAAAGAACUAGAUGAAAAACGUCAUGUAGAACUAGAAAAUAGGAUAAUACUUGAAGAACAAAAACAAACAAGAACUAAGCUAACAGAGGAGCAGCAAGUGCAAAGGAUAAAAGACGCGCUCAACGCGCAGUCUUACGAACAGUUUUUGCAAUAUGCACAACAGCAGUUUCCAGGCAAUUUCGAUCAACAAGCCGUACUUAUACGCCAAUUGCAAGAUCAACAUUACCAGCAGUAUAUACAACAGUUGGCCGUAGAUGAAAGACUAGCGAAUUCUAAUAUAAAUUGCAAAGAAGACUUGGAGAAAGAAAACAUUGAAGUUACAAAGGAUUGUAACUCGAAUGAAACUGAAAAUAUUCUGGAUAAUAAAUCAAUGCAAACACUGGAAAAAGCUGAAAUAAGUGAUUAUAAUGACGAAUCAAGAGAAGAUGAAGGUGAAUCAGAAAUUGAUGACGGUCUACCGGGCGUGGAAGAAGCACGUAUGUGGACUCGCAGUGAAGUGGAAGAGUUCAAGGAAUCGGCCCGUGCCCACGGCGGCAUGUUGACCGUGGGCCACGGGGAGACGGUCACGGUCAGAGUGCCCACGCACCAGCGGGCCAGGUCCAUUUGUUGGGAGUUUGCGACCGACCACUAUGAUAUUGGUUUCGGUCUGCACUUUGAAUGGAGCAAAUCUCCCACAACUGAAGUGACAGUACACGUCUCUGAGUCUGAUGAUGAUGACGAUGGUGAUGAUGAUGAUUAUGGUGAAGAAGAGUACACAAUCCGUGGGACAGAUCCAGAAAUCGGUGCAGAUAAAAGAGUUUUGGCGAACUCGAGGCCACUAGUUAGCCUCGUAGUCCCCAUAUACAGACGCGACUGUCACACUGAGGUAUAUGCUGGUUCUCACACGUAUCCCGGAGAAGGCGUCUAUUUACUUAAGUUUGAUAACACAUACAGUUUAUGGCGAUCGAAAACUUUAUAUUAUAAAGUUUACUACAUUCAAUAAAUUAUGACACUGACUCAUAUUCGAUGUUGUUAUAAAAACUAUUUAAGAAUAUUAAAUGUAAAUAAAACUGACUUCUCAAAUGCAACUCAAUUUAAGCUAUAUUCUGUUGGUACAAAGUGCAUAAUUAAAUAACCGAUUAAGAAGUAAAGAGCCUAAAAUUGAGUAUUAUUUGAGAAUUUGGAUAUAUGUAAUAGCUAUUAUAUGUGUAGUAAAUUAUUAUAAUUAUCUUAUUAUGCCACCUCUAAUAAAUUAUAAUUUAUUUAAUAGAAGAUUUCUCUCCGUAAAAAUAUGAACACUUGAAACUCCGAAUUAUACUAUCACAAAUUGUUUGUCUGUAAAAACAUUUAUUUUAAACAUGACAUACUUAGUCGAUAAGAUGGAUGUAUAAACUAUAUCACUGUGCAAUAAAGAAGAGUCUAAAAUAAUUGAGGCUGUUGCCCAACAAAAUAUUUAUGGAUAAACUUAUAUUUUUGUUUCAAGUAAAACUAGUGUUUCCCACUACUUAUUAUUUCUAUGUAAGAAACAAUGUGUAUUGAUGUUUUAGAUUGUAAAUGUGUUGGUUAUCAUAACUUUAAAAUUUUAACAUAAUAUAAGCACAUUAGGUUUUGGAAAGAAAUAGACUUGAAGAAUAUUAAUAGGUCCCCUUGUAUAUGUGCAUUAUUUAUUUAAAGUACAUUAUACCACAUCAACUCUAUUUAUGUCCAUAUAAAUGCCAUAGUAAUCUAAACAAUUGAAUAUGUUAUGAACCUAUGUAACAAUUAUUAACCUUACAUCGUUUGUGUUUUAUGUCACUGUUUAUAAAUAAUUUAUAGAUAUCUUUUAUAUACUUAGCGUACUUGUAUCUAGUUAGCAUAGUAAUUGUUUCGUUGAUAUAUUAUACGUUUGUAAAAGUAGUUUAAAUCCAUACUAGAAGUAUUAUAUGUGACUAUUAUGCAUUUGUUACGAUUAUAGUAUUAGAAAUUAGAAGAAUUUUAAUUAUUUAUAGGUCCUCUAUUCAUUAUGUUAUAUUAUUAUUAUAUUUAUUAAAUAAAUACAUUAUUCUUGUUAUAUAUUUGUGCUGUGAAACAUUAUAGCGAUCUAAGAUUUGUACUUAAAGCCAUUCUCUAAAUUUGAACACUUUAUAUUUUAUUUAAUAAUAAUUAAUAGCUUGGCAAAAACAGUUUGACAUGGUGAGAGGUGAAACUUAUUUUUAUUUCAUAAAAUCUAGAUAAACAAAAAUCAAAUAUCAAAACUGUUUUCGUCUUGCUAUAUGGUGUAGCCAUACGCUUCUAAGUGCCAAGUGGCAGCUUCAUUUUCCCUAAUCUUUUUUGUCAAACUAUAAAACGAUUCAGUUUCAAAAUAAAAAUAAUAGGAUUAUGAAUUGAAUUUAAUCUAAAUUGUUAGAAAAAAAUAAUUUAUGUCACAAAUUAUAGUUUAUGUAGAUUGUACACAAGUGUAAUUUAUGUAAACACCUCAAACAGUAGAAUAUUCCAGAUAUAUGUCAAUAUUGUAGAAAGAAGAAACUCUAGAAAGAUUUUAUUUCCAACUGGAUUGUGAGUGAUUGAGAAUUGAUAUUUCACGCAAUUAAAUAAAUGUAUUUGUAUGUAUUUA